AUGGCACCCAACCCUUACGUCAAGGCCAUCGCCAAGACGUCCGGCGCGCCAGCCGGCUCACCGGCAUCGGCGGCCAAGAGCAAGGGCACCAAGCGCGACUCUCUCAAGUCCGGCUCCGCCUCGACCACCGCCUCGCCCGCCAAGGGCAAAGCCCGCGCCGACGACAGCGUCCUCAAGGCCGAGAUCCUCGCGCUCGGCGGCGACGAGGCCGACUUUGAGCUCCUGCAAGACGUCGACAGCGACAGCGAGGUCGAGGGCGACGACGACAAGCCCAAGGAGGGCAACUCGGCCGGCCUCCUCAAGGACCUCCGCUCGUUCGUCAAGGGCCUCGACUUCAAGGCCGCCGGCGCCGACGCUCCCGCCGACGAGCUCGACGACGUCGCCGACGCGGCAGACGUGGACGAGGAGGAGGCGGACGACGAGGAGGAGGAGCAGGCGGCACCGGCGCCGGCGCCUGUCGCGCCCAAGGCCGUCGUCGAGGAGAGGGCGGCCGCCGUCGAGGGCGACAAGCCCAAGAAGGAGAGCAAGGUGGAGCGCGAGGCGCGGCGCAUGGCCGAGCGUGAGGCGGCCAAGCAGGCCGAGAAGGCGCUGCGAGCCGACCAGGACAUCGCCAAGCUCGAGAAGAAGGCGGCGAAGCUCGAGGUCGGCGGCAAGAGCCCAUGGGUCAUCGACCCGACGCCGCACUGGUACGCCGUGCCGACCGUCGCCCCGUCGGCCGCCGCGCCACGGCCCAAGCCGGAGCUCGUCUCGGCGAUGCUCGCUCGCGGCCAGGCGCUCCUCACCAAGGAGAACGAGCUGUACGCGUCGUCGCUCGACCCCAAGGGCUCCAAGACGUCCGCCGCGCCGCCGCCCAACGGCUUGUCCAAGGCCGACCAGGUCUUCAUCCAGCAGAUCCUCAACUCGGGUACCUCGUCCGACCGCAUCUCGGCCCUCCUCCUCCUCGUCUCGUCGUCGCCCCUCCACACGAUGUCGUACCUCGAGCAGCUCAGCGCCCUGACGCGCAAGAAGAGCCGCGACGAGAGCAUGCGCGCCAUCCGCGGCCUCGUCGACUGGUUCCGCAGCGAGGGCGGCGGCAGCCCCGACCGCAAGCUGCGGUACAUUGCCGAUCAGCCGGCGCUCGCGACCGUCGCCGCCGCGUUCGAGGUCCUCGAGAAGAAGGGCAAGUACGCCGUCUCGUCGCACGAGGGCAUCGUCAAGGCCGACGUCGAGCGGUGCCUCACGCUGUGGGCGUACGAGGACUGGUUCAAGCGGUGGUUCUUCCAGGUCCUGCAGGCGCUCGAGCAAAUGUCGGUCGACCCGCUCCCGCAUCCUCGCAGCCAAGCCGUCAUGCAUCUCUCGAACCUUCUUCGCGACAAGCCUGAGCAGGAGAGCAACAUUCUGCGGCUCCUCGUCAACAAGCUCGGCGACACGAACCGGUCGAUCGCGUCCAAGACGUCGCACCACCUCCUCCAGGUCCUGCAGACGCACCCGGGCAUGACGCCCAUGCUCGUCCGCGAGACGUCGGCGCUCGUCCUCCGGCCUCGGUCCGCCGUCCAGGCCGCCGCACCUUCGGCCGCCUCGACGAGCCACGUCCGCUUCGGCGGCCUCGACGACGACGACGAGGGCGGCAAGAAGAAGAAGGCGCCGGCGACGAUGACGGUCAAGGACGCCGCCCGCGACAACGCGCGCUACUACGGCGUGACGACGCUCAACCAGGUCAUGCUCAAGAAGGACCAGGGCGAGGUCGCCGCCAAGAUGGUCGACGUCUACUUCGAGGUCUUCUCGGACGUCCUCGGGCGUCUGCCGGACGAGGACGAGGACGGCGAGGGCGCGGGCAGCGACGGUGAGAAGAAGGCCAAGAAGGACGACAAGCCGCAGGGCAAGAAGCGCGCACGAGGCGGGUUCGACAAGGGCGGCAAGAAGGGCAAGGGCCAGCAGGAGCAGCCGCAGGACGCCGUCAACGACGUCGACAGCAAGCUCGUCGCCGCGGUCCUGACCGGCAUCAACCGCGCCUUCCCCUUUGCCAAGCUCGAGGACGACGCGUUCAAGCGCCGCCUCGACACCCUGUUCCGCAUCACGCACACGAGCACCUUCAACGUGUCGAUCCAGGCCCUCAUGCUCAUCUUCCACGUCUCGUCGGCCAAGCGCGACGUCUCGGACCGCUUCUACCGCACCCUGUACACGUCGCUCCACGACCCUCGCCUCACGCACUCGAGCAAGCAGGCCCUGUACCUCAACCUCGUCUUCCGGGCCACCAAGGUCGACAAGGACGUCAACCGCGUCGCCGCCUUCGUCAAACGCCUCAUCCAGAUCCUCGCCGGCAUGGACACGACUUUCGUCCUCGGCGGCCUCUUUGUCGUCGGCGAGGUGCGCCCCCUCUCCCUUUCUUCCUCGCCCGUCCUCGUCGCGCGCAAUACUGAUCCCGUCCCUCUUCGUUGCACAGCUUCUCUCUACGACCGCCGGGCUGCGCGCCCUUCUCACCGUCCCCGAGAAGGCCAAGAUUGCCGAGGUCGCCGAGGCGACCAAGAAGCAGGGCGAGAACGCCGACGAGCAUGCCGCCGACACUACGACGGCAAGAAGCGCGAGCCCAAGUACGCCCACGCCGAGAACAGCUGCCUGUGGGAGCUUGCUCCCCUCCUGUCGCACUGGCACCCGACCGUCUCGGCGUACGCCUCGGCGCUCCUCGACGGCGACUCGCUCUCGGCCGCGACCGACCUCGAGCAGUUCUCGCUCGCCGCCUUCCUCGACCGCUUCGUGUACCGCGAGACGAAGAAGGCGGCGGCGUCCAAGGGCAGCAGCAUGAUGCAGCCGGGUCUCGCCGGCCAGGACAAGAGCGGGCGGGUCACGCUCGUCAAGGGUGCGCACAAGAGCGGCAAGGACGACGUCCCGCUCAACUCGGACAAGUUCCGCAGGCGGAAUGUGCACGAUGUGCCCGUCGACCAGAUGUUCUUCCACAAGUUCUUCACGUCCAAGGCGGCGCUCGAGGGCGACAAGGCCAAGUCGGCGACCAAGCGCAAGGGGCGCCGUGCGGGCGACGACUCGGACGAGAGCGACGCCGAGUCGAUCGCCGAUGCGGGCGGAGACGCCGACGGCGCUGUCGACGCCGACGAGCUUGCCGCCGCCAUGGAGGGCGACGACGACGAGGAGCAGACGGACGACGAGCUCGAGGACGCCAUCUGGAAGGAGAUGCAGCGCACGAUGCCUCGCGCCAAGGGCGACGAGGACGUCGAGGUCGACAGCGAGCUCGGUGGCGCCGACGUCGACGACGAUGACGACGACGACGACCUCGCCGCGUACGACUACUCGGACUCGGACGUCGGCGCCGACGAGGGCGAGUUCAAGUCGGCGUUCCCGGAGGAGGAGUCGGACGAGGCGCUCAGCGGCGAGGACGAGUUCCUCGAGGCCGACGACGACCUGGUCGGCUCGGACGAGGACAUGCCGCUCGGGUUCGACGUCGCAGGCGGCUCGGACGACGACGACGAGGCGGCGGCCGAGGCGGCGAGCGCCAAGAAGCCCAACAAAAAGCGCAAGCUCAAGCACCUCCCGACUUUCGCCAGCGCGUCCGACUAUGCGCACCUGCUCGGCGGCGACGACGAGGACGACGACAUGUAGCUGGUGGUCUCCCCUUCCUUCGAGCGCGAGCACGUCGAGCCCUGUUGUCGCAACCUCUUUUCCUGAGCAUC